AACCAGUAUUACACUAAAUGUUAACUAACUAGAAUUUAAAUAAAAAUUUGGAAUAAGAAAAAAAAGAGUAACCAUUUGAUAAACCAUAUAUAGCACUGAGGAUAUUUUUCAAUUAAAGAGAAUUUCUAUAGUAGCUCUCUUGUAAUAUGUUAUAGCCAAACUUAUGAAGAAAAUCAAGAUGUGGGAAAGCUGUGGUCAUGUUUCAAGAUUGGAUUUUACUUUUCUGUGUGAUCGCUCUAUCUAAAUUCCCAUUAACUUGAAUGUAAAUUUGCAUGUGUAAAAAUAUAUGUAUAUCCAAGUUAUCUCUUAGGAGAGGUUUAAUGUAGGUAUAAAUAGAAAUUCUUCCUUUAACCACAAAAAGAAAAAAUUAGUAUUGAAUUCUGCCUUUUCUCAUCUCUUCAUAUCCAAAACUAUCACCAUGUACUAUUAAUUGUACUUCCUAAAACUCUAUAUUCUUCUCUCCAGCCCCAUUGCCAUCACUUUGAGGCAUGCUUUGGAUUCUAUCAGCAGUCUCUAUUCUCCUCUUCAGAUCUACCUCUACCACUGAAGUCCUCCAUCUGUGUGUGUAUGUGUGUGUGUGUUUGUGUUUUCCCUGCCCUUCACUGGCUUUUUAUUAAAUCCAAGUUCCUUAAUCAUGGCAAACAGGGCCCUGCCUCUAGGAGCUGGUCCUUGCUUAUCCUCCUGCCUCGUUUCCUGCCACUUUCCCUCCUACCUGAAGAUCCAGCUUACCAGUAGUUCCCCAAUACCCACCCCAUACACACCACAAUAUGUAUACACCUUUAUCCCCAUACACACAUCGUUGAAAAUAGAAUUCCCUCUACCACACUUUUGUCACAUUCCAAGACCUGAAAUGAUCGAAACACAGAAAUUUCAUCCCCUAAUUGGGGCUGAAUACAGUUGACUUGGAUACAAGUGAAUGCUAGUUUGUUAGUCUAGUUAUCUUACUGUGGUACAUGUGUUCUUGGAGCUUUGAGGCACUCCCCAGGUCGUGCCUCAGAGCUAAGGAAUUUCUUUCCAAACAGCCCCCUUCAGGAAUUGCCUUGUCCUCAACUUUGGACAACUGUGAAGGGGCUUUCCCCUUCCCCAUGGGGUCAGCUGAGGCUUAGAGAUUUCAUCAGCUUCUCCCUCUGCUGUAGCUCUUCCUUUCCAGGGGUCCUUUGGUUAAGAACAGCCCCUAAUAAAUUUCCUGGAAGCAAUCUCUGUCCGCUUGCUGCGGAGACCAACCUGCAACAUGUCUUGUUGAUACUUUUUUGUUCUAGAUCUUGUGAAGUCAUGGUUUGCUAAAAUCUUACUAAUACAAGGUUAUUUCAUCAGAUGGGUAUUGAGCACCUGCUCCACACCAGGCAUUGUGCCACAUGCAGCGGAGACAAAUUAAGCCUUGGCCUAUGCCCUGAGGAAGUUUGCAGUUCAACUGAGGUGACAGUUACGUUCAGAACUUAUAACAUCUUUAGAAUAAUCCUUUUUUGAUCUAAACUUUAAUAAUUUCAGUAUAAAAUCCAAGGUAUGCACUAUGGUGUUGCAAAGAACAAAAGGAAAGUAUUUCAGGAAAGUGAAAGUAAAACAAGUAGAGCGAUCGUGGAUCUCCCUGAGCUCCUAUGUAUAAAGUACAUCGACUCGUCUGCUUGGUCCUCACAGUGCUCAAGUUUACCGAUGUUCUUUGGCACCGUCUUUCCUGCGCAGGCUUCCGGCCGAGAGGCCGGGGGUGGGGGUGGGGGUGGGGGACUGCUCCGGGAACUAGAUCCGCAGUCCCCCCGACCCCCACUGCACACACACAGGUGUCAGGGCCGCCUGGCUGGGGCGUUGUCCGGAGGGCGCGGUCGGCACGUGGCUCCCUCCCCUCCCCACCCACCGCGGGCCUGGCUGCGCCGCCGCCGGGAGUCCGGACGUCACUUCCGGUGUGGCUGGGCAUGGUCUGUUGGGAGUUGGCCGUGGCGGCGGCAGCCCAAGGCCGGCCGGCUGGCCGGCCGCGGGGGGAGCCCGGGUAGUGUCCGCCGCCCCAACGCUCGACGCCCCUGGACGUCAUGGCUUCCCCGCUGAAGCUGGAGCAGGACGUGCGGGGGAAAGUGGAUUCGUUUCGGGCCCGCAUCGCGCGGGAGGCCGAGGAUCUGGUGUCCACCUUCUUCCCUCAGAAGCUGUCGGAGCUGGAUAGUCGGGUCCAGGAGCUGCGCCUGCAAGACCUGUCCAGAAUCCGUUCGGUGCCGGCCCCGGAGCGCCCCGCCGCCCCCGACACCGCGGGGGACGGGCCCAACCGGGACCCGCCGCCUCCGCAGACCCAGCCCUCGGUCAGAGUGCCGGCACUGCCGGGCGGUGAGGGACAGCUGCUGCGGAGCAACCAGCAUCUGGUGGAGCUGAUCGAGCGGGUGAAACCCGAGAUCGAGCUGCUGAGGGAGAAAUGCAACACGGUGCGCAUGUGGGUGCAGCUGCUCAUCCCGAAGGUGGAGGACGGCAACAACUUCGGAGUGUCCAUCCAGGAGGACACCGUGGACCAGCUGUGGACCGUGGAGAGCACGGCAGCCUCCUAUCUGCGCCGCUUCUCCACCUACUACAACACCAGGGCCAAGCUGGUGUCCAAGAUCGUGAAGUACCCCCAGGUGGAAGAUUAUCGCCGCACGGUAGCCGAGGUGGACGAAAACGAGUACCUGAGCGUGCGCCAGAUCCUGCUGCACGUGCGGAACCAGUACGCCACCCUGCAUGAUGUGAUCCUCAAAAACAUCGAGAAGAUCAAGACCCCUCGGAGCACCAACACUGACAACCUGUACUGAGGACCUGCCCCCACCCCUCUUUCCUUCAGGAGGUGGCCGAGCUGUUCGGGCAGCCGAAGGGGGUUAGAAAUGACACUGUAGGUGAUGGACCGACUGGAAACGUGUCCGACCGUUCAGUGACGGUUUCGUACAGCUUAUCCUCCCACUGAAUACUUCCGGUGUAGUUUUUAUUUGCUUUUUCUUUCGCUGAGAGGAUGGGGACAAGCCAUCUGGUAGAAGGUGGUAGGGUUGGCCAAGGAAAAGGACUGCCAUUUUUAAAAACAGCCUUUAAAAGCAGCUUCGUAGACGAAUAUGGGCCAGGGUUUCUCUUUUAUGGCAUUGCUGACAUUGAACGGUUUGAGGGGUUACUCCAGGAAAAACCUUAAUGUUUAAAAGAAAGCUAAAUGAAGCUUUUCCUGAGGUUCUGCUAUGUGUUACUUUGUUCAAACCUCAGAAACGCUCCUUUCGUCACCAUCGUCUGUUUUUUUUUUUUGCAAGGAAAGGAGUUUACAGAGAUGUGUCGAGGUCACCGUAUGUCUCCAGUUUGGCAGAUUGAAAUAAAACUUGGUUUUAACAUUUUG